UCAUCAUAAUCACAUUGCGCAAGCAUCGAUUGGUGCUACCAUCAUUUUAUCUGGCCGAACAAAAGCUCAAGCACGCCUGGUCAUUCUGAAAGCAAUCGAGAAGUUUUGUAUAAAAGUCGAAUGCAACUGUUCGCUGUGCCGCAUAUUCUCGGCGAAGCUCAACAAAUUCAAAUCGACAAGUGUGUACGGACAUUUUGAUUGAAUUGAGAGAAGAAAGUGUUUAGUUAUUGUGUGUGCGUGUGUUUUUAUGCAAGAUAAAAGGGACACAGAAGGCUUUUUGCAAUAUGAAACUGUUACACGACAUUCGGAGAUUGCAUUUGCUCAGCGAACAACAACAUCAUACGGCCAUUUCAUCGAUGCUGGUAAUUUUAUUUAUUGCCUGCUUUCACGUAAUUACCACUAAUGCACAGCAAAAAGGCGAUGAAGUGUGCGAAACGUUACCAUCCGAGAUUCAUCUAAUCAAAGAAGAGUAUGAUGAAUUGGGUCGUCUGCAACGUACAUGCAACGACGAAGUGCAGGUCAACAAGUGUGAAGGAUUGUGCAAUAGCCAAGUACAACCGUCGGUUAUUACACCAACUGGAUUUCUAAAAGAGUGCUAUUGCUGCCGUGAAAGCUAUUUACAUGAGCGCGUUGUCACUCUAACACAUUGCUACGAUCCGGAUGGAUCACGACUCACCGCACCCGAAAUGGCAACCAUGGACAUUCGUCUCAAGGAACCAGCCGAAUGCCGUUGCUUCAAGUGCGGCGGUGACGAGUGUCAAGUCACACCAGUGAUACAUGUACUUCAAUACCCUGGCUGCGUACCGAAGCCAAUUCCAAGCUUUGCCUGCAUCGGACGAUGCUCCAGCUAUCUUCAGGUUUCGGGUAGUAAAAUCUGGCAAAUGGAGCGUUCCUGUAUGUGUUGUCAAGAGUCUGGUGAAAGAGAAGCGGCCGUUUCGCUAUUUUGCCCGAAAGCCAAACCAGGCGAACGCAAAUUCAGAAAGGUGUCAACAAAAGCGCCAUUGGAAUGUAUGUGCCGUCCAUGUUCGGGUGUUGAGGAAACGUCAAUCGUGCCACAGGAAAUUGCCGGCUACACCGAUGAGGGACCGUUAAACAAUCACUUCCGAAAGGCUCAACUGCAAUGAGAUGCGGCUCGGAUGCAACAUUACAUUCGAUAAAACAAUUACAAACAAAUUCCUAAUUAUAUGAUUGUGAUUUUGGUUUUUAGUGUUCAACUGUGUUCUAAAAAUGAGAAAUGAAUCAUAAAAAAAAAACACAACAAAGUUUAUUUAAGCUAUAACACUUACACGAUAGAAAAAAAAAUUUAUGAUGAUCACUCCACAUGCGCCGUGUGUUGCCUCUUUAUCAAACAUGAACAAACAAACGAAAAGAAUAAAUCAAGAGAAAAAGACGUUGUCCGGUUUUUAUUGUUAUCAUUUAUUAUCGUAAUAAUUUCUUAUUCCGUAGAUUUUAGUAGUUUUUUUUUUUUAAAUUACAAUACGUUCACAAACAAAUCAGAGAAUUUUCUUUUUUUCAUGUUUCACCAUUUUCUUCAUAUAAAAACGCAAAUCGAGUAUGAAAAUACUCCGAAAUAGAGGAUAAAAUCUACUGAAACAAAAGCGUAAUGAAUUUUCUAAUCAGAGAAAAAAAAUAGUGGCUAAUUUUUCGUAUUCAUUUUCAUCCAAAACGCGCUUAAAUUUUUUUCUUUUUUUUCGCACACAACAAAAAUGUAUCACCAAUAUUAACUAAUUUCUAGGAUCUUAAAGGAUUUUUCAAUUAUUUUUCCGAUGAAUUUCUUUUUACAAUGAUUUUUUUUCCGGGCCAAACAAAACUUAGUGGCCGAUUACAAUAAUUUGAUUGAAAUGGGAUUCGAUAUAUUCAAAGAAAAAAAAUGAACGAAAUACGAAUUGAGAGAAAAUGCUUGGCUUUUUCAUUCAUGCAACCAAAAUAUUAACAUUUUGCUUUGUCCGCUCACAUAUUUUGUUGUCUAUUGCAUCCAAAGUUUUUUUUUGGUUUGUAUUUCAUUUAUCUUUCUUGUUUGGUUUGGAUUUAGUCCGUUAAAUAUUUGUUUGUUUGUUUUUUUUCUUUUGAUUUUUCUUAAUUCGCAUAUUUUUUUGUUGUCCUUUCGUUCCAUCCAUCAAUAAAUAUAUGAAUCAGCUCAUUUAAUUUGGCCACCUCUCAACGGCAGCUAUGUUUUUAUUUCCUUUGUUUUGUUAUUUUUUUUUUUUUAUUAUUAUUGAAGAAUAGGCUUUUAAUUCGUUUUGAUAAAAUAGGAAGUGGUAACAAGAACAUAAUUUAUACUUGCAUGUGGAUUAUUCUCUCUCUUUGUGUUUUCUUUUUCUCUGUGUACAUAUUA